AUGGCUUCCUCCUCGUCAAACGUCGUCGGUGUACAUUACCGAGUCGGCAAAAAGAUCGGAGAGGGUUCCUUCGGUGUCAUCUUCGAGGGAACUAACCUGUUGAACAACCAACAAGUUGCCAUCAAAUUUGAACCCCGGAAGAGUGAUGCCCCCCAACUCCGCGAUGAAUAUCGGACAUACAAAAUUCUCGUUGGUUGCCGUAAGUAUUUCAAUGCUAAUGAUCCUCGGAGGCCACACCGGAUGAAACCCCAGCUGACGGAAUCGCCAAUAGCGGGUAUCCCCAACGUAUACUACUUCGGCCAGGAAGGACUACACAACAUUCUAGUCAUAGAUCUGCUAGGACCUUCGUUGGAGGACCUUUUCGACCACUGCAACAGGAGAUUCUCGAUUAAGACGGUCGUCAUGGUCGCCAAGCAAAUGCUCUCCCGUGUCCAGACCAUCCACGAGAAGAAUCUGAUCUACCGAGACAUCAAGCCCGACAACUUCCUUAUUGGACGCCCUGGAACCAAGGCAGCGAAUGUGAUCCAUGUUGUGGAUUUUGGUAUGGCCAAGCAGUACCGGGACCCCAAGUCCAAGCAGCACAUUCCCUACCGCGAGCGAAAGUCGCUAUCAGGAACUGCUCGAUACAUGAGUAUUAACACCCAUUUGGGUCGUGAACAAUCGCGUCGUGAUGACCUCGAGGCCCUGGGUCACGUCUUCAUGUACUUCUUGCGUGGCGGAUUGCCGUGGCAGGGCCUGAAGGCUGCGACCAACAAGCAGAAGUACGAGAAGAUUGGUGAGAAGAAGCAAACUACCCAGAUUAAGGAUCUUUGCGAAGGAUUCCCCGAUGAAUUCAGCAAGUACUUGACCUAUGUGCGUAACCUCGGGUUCGAGGACACUCCCGACUAUGACUAUCUCCGGGAGCUGUUCACGCAGGCGCUGAAGAACACGGGCGAGGUCGAGGACGGCGAGUACGACUGGAUGAAGAUUAAUAAGGACUCUGGCAAGGGUUGGGACGCCAUGCACAAGCACGGAGCGUACCACAACCCAAACCAAAGGCCCGGCCCGUCGCAGAUGGAACUCCAUGGCGCCUCCCGCAAUGGUGCCAGCACUCCUCAUCUCACCCGCGACCGUUUAAACGCCGCGCAGCCCCCACCUCCGUCUCCAGCGAAGGCGACGGACAAGCGCCGGCCAAACGCACCCGGCGCGCUUAACGCACAGCGAGUUAGCGGGGUGGGGGGUCUCCGGGACAUGGCUACGCCAACUGGCUCAACCCAAGCCCAGUUUCAAAAUAGCAACCAGAAUCUGCCAUCGAGAAUGGCACCACCUGCCAACAUGGGUCCUUCCAACAUGCCAAAUGGCGGUCGUCCAACCGAACCCGAACCGACGGGCUUCCAGAAGUUCAUGAAGGUGCUCUGCUGUGGUGAGUGA